GCUAUGUUUACAUACAACUGACAACUAUAUUUACUCAAAUGAUAAACUCAAAACAUUAAAAAUUAAACUUUUCAUAUGGUGCUUAAAUAUACAUCAAUUUUAGUUCAGUUAUUAAUCCAUUUUAUUCAGUAAAGUUUCUAAUUGAUAAUAAAUAUAAAAUUACUACUAUGAAAUCUACAAAUUUGGAAAUCUUAAUCUUAGCAUGUUCAGUAACUUCGUGCUACUCGUUGUAUGGUUAUCUUUUUGGUAAUGCGCUCCCUGUUGCCCCAGCUAAUAUGCACUAUGAAACAAUUGAUCAAAUUAACAGAAAUCGUAAUCCUGGCUCAUAUCAAAUAAUGUCGCUUGGAGAUGCUCUAUUAAGUGGUAGAUUUCAGAUCAGUUCUCCACGAAGUGUUGAUACUAAACCUAGUCCGACCAACAAACUUAAAAAACUAGCAUCAAGCAAGAAACCUGAUGUUUUAUCUACAGGUCUUGAUUUGAUCGAAGAUCUUGGUCCUUACGCGCCUUUAAUGUUUAAAGUGGGAUCUAUGUUUGUACCCGGCCUUAAUAAUUAUCAAAUAAUAAUGAUGGCAGCAAAAGCAGCCUCACUCACAGCUAAAGCAAUUAAAGAUUUAAAAAACGGAGAUUCGGUUUCAGAAGUUGGUAAAAACGUCCUUUAUGACUCUCUAAAAGUUGCUUUGAGUAAGCGAGAAUUUGGCAUUGAAAGUGUUGGAAAUGCUGUAAAAAAGCCUUAUUUAUCCGUUAAAAAUUGGAUAACGGGUUCUAAUUCAGGUGAACACAAAGAAAAGUCACAGAAUGAUAAUGAUGGCGCAAAUAAAAACGAAAUCGCCAUUAAUAACAAAACUCGUUUAGACAAAAUGUCGGGAGAAGAGUUUUUGGAACGACUUACAUUAAUACAAGACAAGUUACCAAAUCCUAAAUCCGUCGAUAUAGAGAACGGUUUUGAAAAAUUGGUAGAAGCUUUGGAUCUUGAUCCUGACGUUUCAAAAGAAACAAAAAAUAGUUUGGUAAAAGCAUUAUCUAUCACUACUCGAUUCUUUAUCGCAAGAGCUAUGCAACCUACUAUUAUUAGUAUGUUAUAAUUAUAAAAUACUAUUAGUGUAAUCAUAAUUUUAUUAUGUUAUAUAUAAAUCUAAUAACUCUAAA